GGGCGGGACGGGACGGGACGGGAGAGCGCCGGGGCCGGGGCCGGUGCCGGUGCGGAGGGAGCGGCGGCUCGCUCGGUUCCCCCUCGGUUUCCCACCCCGGUAGCCGCGAUGCCCAAUUUUUCCGGGAACUGGAAGAUGAAGAGUUCGGAAAACUUCGAGGAGUUGCUGAAGGCGCUGGGUGUCAACAUGAUGCUGAGGAAGAUCGCAGUGGCGGCGGCCUCGAAGCCGGCGGUGGAGAUCAAGCAGGACGGGGAGACCUUCUACAUCAAGACCUCGACCACCGUCCGGACCACCGAGAUCAGUUUCAGGAUCGGGGAGGAGUUCGAGGAGCAGACGGUGGAUGGGCGGCCCUGCAAGAGCUUGGCCAGGUGGGAGAGCGAGAACAAGAUGGUGUGUGAGCAGCGGCUGCUGAAGGGCGAAGGACCCAAGACGGGCUGGUCCAGGGAGAUGACCAAUGAUGGGGAGCUCAUCCUGACCAUGACAGCCGAUGACGUCGUCUGCACCAGGGUCUACGUCCGGGAGUGACACCCCCCAUUCCGCUGACCCCCAUCCCUCCCCCAGCCAGCACCAGUCCCCCAGCCCUAUGUCCCGUGUCCGUCCCCCCCAGCCCCAAUUACUCACCCUGUGUCCCCCCUGGUCCCCUCCACUCACCCCACAGCCUCAGGGAGGGGGUUGCACCUUCCCAUGGGGGUACAUCAGAGCAACCCCUUUUUUGGUGGGGGAGGAAAACACAACAUUUUGCCCCCCCCCCCAUGGCGUGGGGUCUCUUCGGGGGCAGGAAAAUCUCAUUUUCUGGCCCUGUCCUGCUGCCGCCCUCGGUGCAGACAAAGCGCCCAGUUUUUGGAAAGGUGCCGGGGCUGUGGCAGGAAGGUAAUGCAACCGCCUCCCUGGGCUUUUGAGUUGGUUUUAACUGGUUUUAGUUCAGUUUGAUUUUUUCUUUUUUAUUAUUUUUUUAAUGCAGGCCCCUGGCCCUUGCCCUGCCCAGGGGCUGCGCUUGCUCUCCCCCUCCCCAGUAUUUAUUUGUGAAUAUUGUAUCGCAAAGAAACACCAAACGACCCCAACCCAGUAGCACCGCGGUCCGUGCAGCUCCAGGUCCGAACCCCCCAAGAUCUGACCCCCCACCCCGAGAUUGUCCCCACCACCUCCCUCCUCUUUUCAAUAAAUGUCCUACAACUCCC